CAAGCCACGAGCUGAGACGCCGUGAGCCGGAUUCUGCAAGAUGGACUUUCACGUGUCAAACACUUCACCGGCGAGAUAAUCUCACGCUUUGUGUGCAAUCUGCAGACGCACGAUACAAACACGCCACUCGUUUUUUAACAGGAAGCUGUUGGAAGCUCUUGGAUUUAUUCAUAAAGCCUGUGCGCAAUAGAGAUGGUGAUGCGCAUGGUAGAAGAAGAGAAGGACAUUGAUUGAUUGAUCGAUUGAUUAAUUGGCUGAAUAAUUAUCGAUUGCGCUGUGCUUAAACCGUCUCAUUGAGUAAAAACAAAAUCGCUCUUUGAAUCUCAGCCGAUUUUGUUCAAGCUUGUGGAGCUCACAGGGACAAUGGCGGCGGUAACGAGCCCGGAAUCAAGCGCUCAGCCCCGGGUCUAUUUUCAGACGCCUCCCGGUACCGAAGAAGAAGUUCCCCAGAAACAAGGGCGCGUGACGGUGAAAUAUGACCGAAAGGAGCUGAGGAGGAGGCUGAAUUUGGAGGAGUGGAUAGUUAGCCAGUUAAUGAAUUUAUACGACUGCGAGGAAGAUGAAGUGCCGGAGCUGGAGAUCGAUGUCGACGAGCUGCUGGACCUUCCCAAUGAUGUAGAGAGAGCCAUCAGAGUGAAGAUGCUGCUUGUUGACUGUUACAAACCUAACGAUGACUUUGUGGCUGCGCUGUUGGAGAAGGUUCGAGGCAUGCAGAAGCUCAACACCCCACAGAAGAAGGGGGACAUAACCCCAUGAACCGCCCACCAGCUCCUCCAACAACAACACCAACACGACCACCUCUACUGUUACCCAGUUCCUCCAACCAUGCACGGUGGAGAAGGACACACAGACCGUACAACUCCACUACAGUGUGUCAAACGGAGACGAGCGAGGAGCUCAGCCAAGCCAAUCUCAGCUGCAGGUUAAAUCACUCCAACUGUCUUACUUUCUUUCACUACUGUUUCCUUACUAUAUUAUUCCCAUAGAGUGUGUGCUAGUGUCCCUUUUUAGCUUAAACAUACCAUAAGGGGCAGGAUGUGUUGUGGAAUGGUUAGUGUUCAUCAGUUUUGUAUGCUUAAACACUAAGUGCCAUAGGACAUGGCUUUGUGCAUCUGUAAUUGAGUAGAAAAUUAGGUUACUGCUUUUUUUUUUCGUCCAUGUAGCUCUCAGCUAGUUUUUUUUUUUUAUAUAUAUAUAUUAUAUAUACUAACACUUGUUUUAAAAUGGGCUACGGCAGCUAUUAGAGACGACAGGUCGAGCGUUUUACAUAAACGAAGUGUCUUAGGUUAUGAUGUUUUGAAAUGAAACGGGGGAACAAGGAAACCGGGGCUUUUGCGUGUUUGAGAUUUUUCCAUUUAGUGGGUUUUUUAGGUCAUAACCAAACUAAACUAAACACAGAAUCCUCUGCUUUGUGCUCUAGGUUGCUUCUGGGUGCUUAUGAACAGAAGGAUAUCAAUAUCUAGUCAAACAAAUUCAAUCAAUCAGAACUGUAGCAAUACCUUGAGUGUGCAUUUUUUUUUUUUUUUUUUUGGUUAUGCCGGUUUUGAACCAGGCUCCAUAUAUGCAGAUUGAGUGAAAUGUUUGACAGCAGUAUAUUGGUCAUAGCUCAAAAAAAAAAAAAAAAAAAAAUUUUUUGUACAUAAAAUUUUUAUUCCACUCAACAAUUCAACUCCAACCAAACGUUCUGGACAAUAAGAAGUAAACACAAUCCCUGUUUGCUGGAAUGAUAUACUGUACUGUAUGCACUCUCACAUCCAAGUGUGUGUAGUAAGAUUGUUAAGAAAAUAAAGAAUGGUGCUGAAAACAA